GAAGGACUUGCUGUUCAUCUAUUGCCUAGCCCAUAGCCAAGUCACCACCAGGUCGAUUUUCAAAGUCCGGGUCCAUGCGCCCACACCUUGGUAUUCUUUAUCGUGCCCUCUCAACUCACUUCAGACUCCGCAGCGAUCGCGCAAUUGCCCGCUGCACCGCCCUAGGAUUCCACCAACGCCCGCCACUCCGCCGAGUCUACUCUACCCGCUCAUCGGCUGCGGAGAUGGCUGAACAAUUGAUACAGUAUGACGGCACUGAGUACAGAGCAGUGAAGGAAGGAUUGGCGUACAUUCUGAACCCCCCGGCUCAGGCUCCCGGUACGAAAAGGGAUCGCAAAGCUGACGAGCAAUCGCAAUCAGUCUUCUACAACCCUAUCCAACAGUUCAACCGGGACCUUAGUGUCCUUGCCAUUCGCGCAUAUGGGGAGCAUUUGCUGGCCCUGAAGAAACAGAAGGCCGAGAAGAGGAAGCAAAAGGCUGCGGCGAACGACUCAGCUAAGGGCAAGAAGCGCAAGAGAGAAGAGGUCGAUGUCAAGGAACAAACGCAGGAUCAGAAUCAAGGCCAAGGGAAUCCGACUGCAGCACAGCAGGCAGAGCAGGACACGGCGCCGUCUUUUACGAUUUUAGACGCCCUCUCGGCUACGGGUCUGCGUGCCCUGCGAUAUGCUUCGGAGAUACCUUUCACCUCUUGCGUCGUAGCAAACGACCUGUCACCCUCGGCAAUUGAAUCCAUGAAGACGAACAUUAAAUACAAUAGUCUCGGCGAAAAGAUCCGUCCUAACACCGGGGAUGCGCGCGCUUACAUGUACAGUCUCUUAAACCAACAAGCCAACACCCCAACUGUCGAGAGCCACCUAGGAAAAUUUGACGUGAUUGAUCUGGACCCUUACGGCUCUGCUGCACCUUUCAUGGACGCUGCGGUCCAGGCAGUCAAGGAUGGCGGCCUUCUUUGUGUGACCUGUACCGAUGCAGGUGUCUGGGCCUCGUACGGGUAUCCCGAGAAGUCGUUCGCCCUAUAUGGCGGAAUUCCAGUGAAAGGACCGCAUUGCCACGAAGGUGGCCUGCGUCUCAUUCUGCACGGGCUUGCAGCCUCCGCUGCGAAAUAUGGUCUCGCGAUUGAGCCGCUUCUGUCCCUAUCGAUCGAUUUUUAUGCCCGAGUGUUCGUCCGUGUCCAUCGCUCCCCAGCUGAAGUCAAGUAUAUCUCUGGAAACAUGAUGAUGGUCUACAACUGCGAUGCUGGCUGUGGCGCUUGGUCGACUCAGCCCAUAACCCAGACGAAACAGAAGUUGGACAAGAAAGGAAAUCCGUUCUACCACUUCGGCUUCGCUCAGGGUCCGGUAGCAGAUAGUCGUUGUGGCCAUUGUGGCUCUAGGACUCACCUCAGCGGUCCUAUGUGGGCUGGUCCUCUUCAUAAUGCUCACUUCAUCCGCAGGAUCCUUGAUAUGCUUCCCCAGGCAGAUAGGGACGUGUAUCACACCAUUGACCGGAUCGAGGGGAUGUUGACUACAGCAAUGGAAGAAGAUCUGAAUCUAGAAAUUCCUAGUGACGAAGCCAAUCAGACACCUACUGGCACAGUCGGUGGGGAUAUCCCCGUGAACGAGUAUUCUGCAAUUAUCCCACGGCUCGACCCCGCCGCCCGGGAAGAAUACCCCUUCUACUUCAGUCUCAGCGCCUUAUCCAAAGUCUUGCAUACAUCCACGAUUUCCAUUGAUGCCAUGCGGGGGGCUAUUCGACACCUAGGCUACCGGUCAACCCGUAGCCACGCCAGACCGAACACAAUUCGUACCGAUGCUCCUUGGGAGGUGAUCUGGGAGAUAAUGAGGGAAUGGGUGAGGCAGAAGUCUCCCAUCAGAGAAGGCGCCCUCAAGCCCGGUAGUCCCGGCGCUGUCAUUAUGUCCAAGAGCCGGGAGAAUGUCCAAGGCUGUGAGAGGGAAGACCCGUCUCUGGCACUUCUCAAGACCGAGCUUCAGGCAGUCACAGAAGAGGCAAAGGAUGUCAAAGAUAUGGUUACCAAGAUUGAAGCUGCCUUGUAUCGCUCCGGUGCCCGUCAAGCGUUUGGAAGGAAGAGAAGGGAAUCUGAUCCCCAGCGUGAACAGCCGGGAACAACGCAGAAGGGCCCCCAGGACACAAAGGCUCCCCGUAGUCCCAAUGGUACAGGCAGACCGCACCCUAGCACGCUGGAGGUUGUAUUCGAUGAAGCAUUGGGCAGGGAGACGACCAAGAAGCGACUGGUGCGGUAUCAGAUAAAUCCUCGUGAGAACUGGGGUCCUCUGAGCCGAGCAUCCGGAGGCAAGUAGAACAUUGAAUUGCGCAUUUAUCUAGUGUAGUUGUAGAUAGCUAUCAUCCACCAUAACUGCACUUCAAUUGUCAUUGCAUUACUU